AUGGCGGACAAAAGGAGUGUACGAAUAGACUACAAUCAACUUCAUCACAUGUCGUCGGAGUUAUUGUAUGAAACAAAGCCAAGAAAAAGACUGGUGAAAAAAUAUCCUAAAACCUUUCAGGUUGAAAGAAUCAUAGCUCGUAGAACUACUAAAAAGGUAAGAAAUAUGCGCGAUAUAAACAUUCUCAUUUUGUUAUUAAACUGUGAUCAGAUUUGCCUACACGAAAAUUAAUAUUUAAUGCCUUGAAAUGUAUGCUUGAAAUUCAAAUCAAGUUCAAAUCGAUAAUUAAUUGUGUAGUUGACAUGUAGUUUCUUUCUUAGUAUGAGGAAUAUCUUGUAAAAUGGCAGGAUUGGCCAUUGGAAAGUUCGACAUGGGAACCAAGCUGCCACUUUUCCACCCAGCUCUUGAGGUAAAUGGAAGACUUGGAAAAAUAUAAGGGACUUUACUGAAUGUGUAGUGAAGAUAUAAAGGGAUAAGAAGUGUUUACCAAAAUAUUUAUAAAUGAAAAUGUUAUUGAAUAUUUUGCAGAAAUUAUGACAACCCAGUGAAGCCUACUAAAGAAAGACUAUAUGAGGCAGGAAGACAAUUUUUUUCUGGAAUAAACACUGCUUUAAAAGGAAAAUCGAGAGCACCAGUUUACGUCCAUAUUGAUGGUGACAUAUGGCAAUAUUUGAGUCACAACAAAGGCAGAAAUUCUGAGCAUCGUGGAUUUAAACUUUAUGAAAAAGAUGAUUUCUGUCUGUUCAAAGAACUUCCAGACAACUGGUGGUAUAUCCUUGAUAAGAAUGGUGAAGGUUAUGCAAUAGACUUUCCUGUGAAAAUAAAGCCAUUAGUAACAUGGACUACUGCCAAUUUUAUUUGGAAAAACAAUAGUCUUGUAGAAGGCCCAAGAAUGCCAAUUGAAAAAUUGUGCAUUAUUAUUGUCAAAAGGCCAUGCAAUAUUUACAAUUUGCAUUGA